CAAUGUAAUCAGUAUGCAAGUCCCAUUUGUUGUCAGAGUUAAAAAAGUAAGCCGAUCUAAUAAUGAGUACUGACAUUCAACAAAAAUAGCUCAAACCGCGAACUAUUUAUGUGGUUACAUGCCUCAUUGGGUUGUAUUGUAACCAUGUAUUCUGAUUGGCUAAGAGAAGUGCUACAUUUCAUAUCAACCAAUCAAAUGAGGGAUAUUCAAUUGCCUUCAUCUUUAUUUAAAUGAUCGAGUUUGUAUCAUUAGUGAUUCUAAACAUUAUCGUAAAUUGUACGAAUGUUUUGGAAAUGUGAUUGCACUUUCGUAUUUCAAAUAUCUCCAUAGGCUAAAUAAAAUGGCUCACUUCUCUAUUCAAAAUCGUCGACGAGGUAAAUUAAAAUGCAAUUUUACUUUUGGGAAAAGAGAGAAACGGAAAAAUAAAACUGAAUGUGAAGAAUGGAAAGGAUUUGAUGUCAAUGAAAGAUUUGCUUGCCAAAGUUCUUCAUCUGAUUUAACGCGACGUCUUUCAGGAGAAAGUUCUUUUAAAAAUGAAAGGACUAGCAAACACACACCACAAUUUGAGACAUUGCCUAAGUCGAGGAAGUACGAAAUUGCUCCACCUAAACCGCCACGAUCGAUGGAGAAAAAGAUAUUUAUUUGUGAAAAUCCCGAAUGUCAGAGAAAAGAAGAAUUGUUGGGAAUGAUUGCUGUCAAUUUUAAAGCUUGUCCUGCUUGUUUUACACAUUAUUGUUCAACAAAAUGUCGUGUUGAUCAUUGGCCAUCGCAUAAAAUCAUUUGUCAUUAUGGACGAAUGAAGAGUUACAUGAACGUGGUUGCAGAACUUUGUCUAAGUGAAGUAUUAGUUCAAACUCAGUUAUCUAGUUUGGCUUUUACUGGGUUUUAUAGCAAAGGUCGUGGUUGUGUCAUGUUGGUGUUUGCAAGUGUUGAAGAUGCUAGAUUAUUUAUUGACGAUAAAAUCAGUCAAAAACCAACAUACUCUUCUUUAGAUGAUAUAGAAAAAUCAGGAGUGAGAAGUAAUCAUCAGAGAAAUUUAGUCCGUUUAAUAAAACAUUACAAUCCUGAGAAUGAAUUCAUUUUGAACGUUGCUAUAGUUGCAGAACGUCAUUUUAUUUCAACGCAAGUGGUACCAAGAAAUAAAGAUCCUUCUUUAAUAGAACAGUUUGUGAUUCCUCUCUUUGGACAGAAAGAAGGGAGCUUGAGCAAGGCUUCUCGUAGACUUACGCUAUAGAAGGAUUCUCGCAUUUGACGGAGGUAAGUAUUCCCUAUUUCUAAGGAAAGAAAAUGUUUUCUCUUGUACAUAGUCGAUCAUAAAUGACGUUUCUUGCAAAGGAUAGUAGAAACUCGCUCUAUAAUGGAAAGAUUUGGAAGAUCAUUUUAAUGUCAAUUUACGGAUGUCUUGUUAGCCAAACCACUAUCUCCCUUGAGAUAUUGUAUACAGAAUAUUGAUGGUCGUGAAAAUUAAUGACAAAUAUUCCUAUUGAUAUUGUGUUUGUUUCAUGUUCUCUAUCGUUAACGAAAAUUGUGUUUAUUUAUUUGCAUAUUUUUUGAUGAAUUAAUAUUUAAUACAUGUAUCCUCUCAUUUACAUACAUAAAAACGACAUACGACAAUGUUUCAUCAAUAUUGCAUUUGAUAUUAAAUAUCGCAGUUAUAAAAUUGUA